GACAACGGCAACAUGGCCUUAAACGGCGCUGAAGUUGAUGAUUUCUCCUGGGAGCCUCCGACUGAGGCGGAGACGAAGGUCCUGCAGGCGCGUCGGGAACGGCAGGAUCGCAUCUCCCGACUCAUGGGCGACUACCUGCUGCGCGGAUACCGCAUGCUGGGCGAGACGUGCACGGACUGCGGGACGAUCCUCCUCCAAGACAAACAGCGGAAGGUCUACUGCGUGGCUUGUCAGGAGCUCGACUCGGAUGUAGAUAAAGAUAAUCCUGCUCUGAAUGCCCAGGCUGCCCUCUCCCAAGCUCGGGAGCAUCAGCUGGCCUCUGCCUCGGAUACCCCCUCAAGCUCUCGGCCAGCCCCGCAGCCCCCAGUACCUCGUCCAGAGCACUGUGAGGGCGCUGCAGCCGCACUCAAAGCAGCCCAGGGACCGGCCCCUCCUGCAGUGCCCCCAAAUACGGAUGUGUUGACCUGCACACAGACGGCCCUCCUGCAGAAGCUGAGCUGGGCCUCGGCUGAGCUGGGCUCUAGCAGCUCCGUGGAGACCAGCAUCCAGCUGUGUAGUCUUAUCCGGGGCUGUGCCGAGGCCCUGCAAAGCCUGCGGCAGCUGCAACCCUAAAACAAGCCCCUGAGAAAAA